AUGAAUCAAAUUCGUGCGAUACACAAGUUGAGUUUAACGGAGCUGGAGAAUGGCAUCGUUUCUUCAACAGCUUCUUGGCACCACGAAUACAAAGACCAUGCCUACGUGUUUGUAGGUGGCUUGCAUAAAGAACUGACUGAAGGAGAUAUUCUCACGAUAUUUUCUCAAUUCGGCGUACCAGUCGACAUCAAGCUUGUACGAGAUCGAGAAACUGGGGAAUCAAAAGGUUUUGGUUACUUGAAAUACGAGGACCAACGCUCCACCAUUCUUGCAGUAGAUAAUCUCAACGGCGUUAAAGUAGCAGGGCGCUCACUAAGAGUUGAUCACACCUUUUACACACCUAGAGACGGUGAUCAACAAUAUUCAGAGGCUGUCAAGUCUGAACUGCGAAAGGAUUUUGAAAGUGCUCAUGUUCAUAAGCCCCUAGAUCAUUUUAUUACACCAAGUGAAGACAAUGAAUUUGAGGACCCGAUGGCACAGUACAUAGCAGAUUGCAGAUAG